GCAUCGAAACACCGAACCUAGUUAUCUACAAAGAUGACUUCUAAAGCUUACUUAGUAGUGUUGUUCCUUGGAGUGGUGGUUCUUCUCACCACUCCAGCCUCCUUUGCCGAUCACCAUGACAAGCCUAAGCCACCUCCUAAACACAAGCCUCCUACUCUAAGUGAAAAUGGUGAUCAUAAGCCACCUAAAGGAAAGGGAGAGAAGCCUCCACAUGAACACAAGCCUCCCCACAGGCGGCUCUUGGCUGAGGAUGUUGCUGUUGAGGAUUCAUACAAGCAUGAGCCGCCAAAGGGCAAAGGCGAAAAGCAUGAACAUGGGCACAAGCCACAUCAUGGGCACCACCAUGGACACUUGCUAGCUGAAGAAGUAGAGGAGGAUUCUCACAAGCACCCAUUUGGCAAACCACCAAAGGGUAAGGGAGAGAAGAAACCUCCCCACCACCCAGGACAUAUGCUUGCGGAAGAAGUAGAGGAAGAGGACUCACACAAACACCCAUUCGGCAAACCACCAAAGGGUAAGGGAGAAAAGAAACCACCCCACCACCCAGGACACAUGCUCGCUGAAGAAGUUGAGGAAGAGGACUCACACAAACACCCAUUUGGCAAACCACCAAAGGGUAAGGGAGAGAAGCCACCACAUGAGCACAAACCUCCUCACAGGCGGCUCUUGGCUGAGGAUGCUGCUGUUGAUGAGGAUUCAAAGGGCAAAGGAGAAAAGCCUGAACAUGGGCACAAGCCACAUCAUGGACACCACCAUGGACACAUGCUAGCAGAAGAAGUUGAGGACUCACACAAACCCCCAUUUGGCAAACCACCAAAAGGUAAGGGAGAGAAGAAGCCUCCACACCACCCAGGACACAUGCUCGCAGAAGAAGUCGAUGAGGAGGACUCACACAAACACCCAUUUGGCAAACCACCAAAGGGUAAGGGAGAGAAGAAACCUCCCCACCACCCAGGACACCUGCUCGCAGAAGAAGUCGAGGAGGAGGAUUCACACAAGCACCCAUUUGAAAAACCACCAAAGGGCAAGGGAGAGAAGAAGCCUCCACACCAUCCUGGACACAUGCUGGCAGAGGAAGUAGAUGAGGAGGACUCACAGAAGCCACCACGCAAAUUGAAGCCGUCUUUCCCUCCACACAAACCACCCCACAAGCCUCCACAUGCCAACUAAGUGAUUGCAUUCAUGCACAUGCCUCUCUUCAAUAUUCUAAGUUAUAACUUAGUUUAUUGUAAAAAUAAGAGCUGCCGCUUAUGUAUCCUUUGUUUUCGGGUAUGUACUAUGUAAGCGUCCUUGAUCUGGAUAUAUACCAUGUGGGCUGAGGCUUGUUGGUCAGUACUGCAACUGAGUUGAGCCCAUGUUGUGUAUUCCAUGCACGAGAAUGGAUCUGUAGUGUGCUUUGUUUCUUCAUGUCCUAUGUAUUAAUAUAUGGUCUGUUUGUGC